GUCUCGUGCGUGCGUAUUUGUUCCCUUACGAUCGAAGGUUCAGUUGUCCGAGGGAUAGUGAUUACGAUUCGGGUAAUAUUCGAAUACCGUCCGAGUUGAGUAAGGCAGGUUGCGAGAAACGAAAUCGAGCCUAGUAAGUACGGUCGUAAACGGUUCGCAGCGAUCGACCGUCAAAUAUGCUCGAUGGUCUUCGUAAUUGACCGAUCGACGAGCGAAAAUUGCCCAUUCGAGGCAACCGAUAUCUGGUUACCAGCUAUUAAAAUAUGACGUUUAGGGCUUUUAUCGAAAAAAGCCAAUGAGACGUCUACGCGGAACAAGGGAGAAGCAGUUCGUCGAAAAGGAUAGGAAGCAUCGUUCGAGAUAACAGGAUCGAUUCGUGAUUGUUGGAGAAAAUGUAUCUCCGUUUAGGCUACGUUUUGCUUAUAUCGACGUGCAUCGUCCACGCGGCAGUUUCGAAAAACGAAUCGAACAUUUUACGGAUAGGGAAGCCGCGAGUGCAAAUCGAGACGCGAGAGUCGACCUCGAACGGUAGCGAUGCGAGGGAGGAUACACAAGGCUCGAAGGGUGGGCCGUUAAUUGGAUUCAGCAAGAACAAUCCGGAGCUGGAUUGGAAGAAUCAGCUGAAAUUGUUCGAUGGAAGGAAGGAGACACAUCGUGAUCUCGACGUCGAUUUCAUGAAAGAGAAGCUCGAGAGGACAGCCAACAGUAUUCAGUGGCUGGCGGAUCUUUACGAUCCCUUGAAGUGGUCCAGAGUACCCGGUAAACUUGAUGACGGAUGCAGGAAGGAAAUGGAAUUGUUCCUCGUGUCUCUCAACGAUGGAAAGCUAUGGGCCGCCAAGAUGUCGGAUGCGAGCGGACGUUAUUCCUCGCAAUUCCAUUUCGGAAACAGUUUCUGGCUGGGCUCGAGCUCUCUCUGCAAGGAGUUGAACGCCACCAAUGGAAAGAUUCAUCCAAAACUCGACGACAGGCCACCCUACCCGGUGAAAUUCCACGUAGCCAAGAUGUACUUGACUCUGCCCAAGGAAAUCGAGUUCUCUUCGCGACAAGUUUUUUUGGGCCUCUGUCUACCGGCGAAGUGCGAUCGGGUAUCUUUGACCUCGAUGCUGCGAGCGAGCGCGGAUCGCGUCGAACUCGAGGGUAAUUCGACUUAUCGAUCCGGCGCCGGCCCGAAGAUUCACAUCGUUGAGGUGAAACCUGUGCCCGCAACCGAUUACAGCCCCUGGCGCGAUCCCAAGUUGUACGUCUUGUCAUGUAUAGGAGGAAUGGUAAUACUGUUGAUGCUGUGCGCAACGAUCUACGAGUACAGAACGUUGCCAAGCUUAAAAGACGUCGAGUCGUCUAGCAUUUCAAACAACAAUGAGAGACUCAGUAAUUUUUCCAACAAGAAUCUGAAUUUGAACUUGAACCGAGACGGCGCCGGGAUGAUCAAAGACAACGGAGAGGAGCUGAUCGAGAAGGCGAAGAGCCUACAACAAGAUCCAAGCGAUCGUCUGAAAAAGGAGGUCGGCAAGAGAGGGUUCUGGUCGACGUGCCUGACAGCGUUCAAUCCGAUCACGAACGGUAGCAAAAUUAUUAGCACCGACCCAGCGGCCAGAGACAGCCUGACUUGUUUGCACGGGUUGCGAGUCCUCUCGUUAGGAUGGGUGGUCAUGGUGCAUACCUAUCUUCAAGUUUACGCUAUAGCGGAGAACAAGUCGCUGCGCACGGUGACGGAACAGAACUUCAUGUUCCAAACGAUCAGCAACGCGACCUUCUCCGUGGACACGUUUUUCUUCAUCAGCGGCCUACUGGUCACUAUCCUAUUCUAUCGAUCUUCCGGAAACUUGAAAAGCGACGACGAUUCUGUUUACUUGAAAACGUGUUUCUCGAAAUUCUUCAUCAUGGUCCUCUACAGGUUUAUCAGAUUGACACCGGCGUAUCUCUUUGUCCUGGGAAUCAACGAGAUAGCUAUCAAGCACACUCUAUCGAGGACGGUGUUCUCGCCGGCGAUCAUCGAUCAUAUGACAUGCGAGAAGUUCUGGUGGAGAAACGCGCUCUAUCUCAAUUCUCUCUACCCUCGCACCGAAAUGUGCAUGCUGUGGAGCUGGUACAUGGCGAACGACACGCAAUUCUACGUUCUCGGGAUAUUCCUAUUACUGCUGUCCAUCAAGUAUUUAAAGGCGAUCGCCAUGGUGGUUCUUCUCGUAAUAGUUUCCUCCUGGUUCACCACAUUCUUCAUGGCUUAUUCGAACGAUUACGUCGCCAGGAUCCAAGAACCGUUCGCCCUUUUCGACGAACUGUACGAUAAACCCUGGAUGAGAGCCGGUCCUUACUUCGUCGGAAUUAUCACGGGAUACAUUUUGUUCAAAACGAACUGCAAAUUGAAACUGCCGCUGGUUGUGAGGGCGAUUGGUUGGGUGGUAUCGACGGCGAUAAUGUUCUCGUUAGUCUACGGUUUGUACCCGGGAAACUUGACGGUGAUGGUUAGCUCGGUGUACGCCGCGUUAGGGCACACCGCGUGGGCUAUUGGCGUCUCUUUCAUCGUGAUCCAAUGCUGCACCGGAUGCGCGCGAAUGAUCGACAGCCUCUUAUCGCUCAGACUGAUGUACCCGCUAUCGAGACUGACCUACUGCGCGUACCUGGUCCAUCCCGUCAUCAUGAUGAUCACCGUUACCCAAAUGGACGGACCGUUGCAUCUUCACAACGACAUCGUGCUGAUACUGUACUUGGGCAACCUGGUCGCCUCGUACUUGAUGUCGUUCUGUAUUUCGAUCGCGUUCGAAGCGCCCGUGGUCAAUUUGCUUAAGAUCGCUUUCAUCUCGAAGAAGAGGAUCAGGUAGGGAAACACAGUAGCUGCGCGCGAUCCACGGAAAUAAUCGUCGUAGCCCUCUUGAAGCGACUGAAGAGAAGAAAAGGUAUCGCGUCGCGAGAUGUAUUGGACGAAAAAUGAAAGCUGCUUUCGCGGGUCCGUUUUCCCAACAAAAGCUGCUGCGUGGCUCGAAAAAUUAGCUGCCGCGGAAUCUACGUCGGACAACGCGAUUACGUACAUUCGAUUUAGUCUCGAGUGGAACGCAAACUGACCGGAUUUCUCGCUCGUUUCUGUAACGACGAUUUUUUAUAGUUGAUAUUUUCUGUCGUUAUCGGAGACGUUUUAUUAUGUACUCGUUUUUAAAUUCGUAACAUUGUACGUUAAUUGGAAAAGAUAGGACGGGCUUGUUUUCCUGAUUUUAACGCGAUUCUGCUUCCAAAUCUAUCGUUAUCGAUAAUGAGAUACACUUGUCGCGUUAUUCGUUGAUGCACUCAUUAAACGGACAUCAGUUUUUACGAGAAACACGCGAAUCUGGUCGAAAUAGUUAAAUAAAAGUAGUAUACUUAAGUUUGCUCGUAAAAUCGAAACAAUAAAGGUCUCAUGUUACGGGUUGUUUUCCAAAAGACAUUUCCGAUAGCCUUUGCACGUAUACGCCUAGUUAGUUGACCGCGAACAUAUGCCGCGAGUACGUUUCCGAUGGAAGCGAUCGGAAAAGUUGAACCGAAACUUGGACAAAUGGCGAAGCACAAGAGCGAAGAAAAAGCCGCGCCACGAAUGUCGCGGUAUUUACUCGACGACGGAUUAAACGAAGACGGACGGAAUUGAAAACACGAACGGGCGUGACGAAGAGUUCGUACUUUAAAGUAAAACUUUUCGGAAAACCAAGAUGAUUGUGUAUCGUUUUCCAGGACUCUGGACAUCGAGGACAAAUGUUUGUACAGUUUUGUACACAGUUGUUGAAAGGGAUGUUUCAUUUUCUAAAUAAAU